GUGCUGAUGCUCAAAGUGGUUCUGGGUGCCACUCUGGAUGUGGCCUCUGUGGUGAAGUUUUUUGGGCACAUGUCCUUGACCUCCAUUGUCAUGGGUGGCCUAGCGGGACUGCUCGCAGUGGCCAUCAUUGGCAAGUGUGCAGAGGAGCGCUUUCACAAUGAUACCAUGAUUCAGAUUAUCACGACGCUUUGCUGCGCCUACCUGUCCUUCUUUGUUGCAGAGAGCGAGCUUAGCACCAGCGGAGUUCUCGCCACUGUUUCCGCAGGCUUUGUUGUUGCUUACUACGCCUGGCCCCGCUUCGUGUCCCUGGAGGCGAUGGAAGCCGUUUGGGAGACCUUGGAAUUUGUGGGUAACACCGUCAUUUUCUUCCUCGCUGGCCUCCUCUUUGCAGACACCGUGCUGGAUUCGUUGGGCAUCAUCCACUUCAGCGAUUUUGGCUACCUUCUGCUGCUCUAUGUAGCGCUCUUGGCUAUUCGUGCGCUCAUGCUGGGCAUCCUAUGGAUCCCGCUGAACAAGGUGGGAUCGCCUGUGGACAUGCGGGAGGCAAAGGCAAUGAUAUGGAGCGGACUACGAGGCGCGGUGAGCCUGACCCUGGCGAUCAUCAUUGACGAAGAGCCUUUGAUCUCCAGGGAGAUGGGUGCGCGCAUCAUGUUUCACGUGGGUGGCAUUGCGGCGCUCACGCUUCUUAUCAAUGCCACCACCGCCGCACCUCUGUUGCGAGCGCUGGGCCUUGCCAGGAGCUCCCGAGCCGACGAGAAGAAGCUCGCCGUGCUGUCGAAGCAUUUGGCGGACCAUACUGCGCAUGCAAUGGCGACAGCAAAGAUGGACAAGACAGACCUCCGCUUCACGGGAGCGGAUGAGGCGAUCUUGAAGCAGAUGGUGCCCGCCCUGUCGCAGGAAGUUACCGAAGAGGUGUCUGGGGAGGCCGGCAGCGAGACUGCACAGGCUUACAGGGAGGCCUUCUUGAACGUGGUGAAGAACCACUACUGGUCUGCCAUCCGCAAGAGCAUUUUGCCGCGGACUUCUCAAUCCGCCAGGCUGCUUCUGAACUCGGUGGAUGUGGCCAUGGACAGCUCGUCAGAGAUCCUCGCAGACUGGGCGUUUAUCCGUGAAGCUCUGGAGGCGCCGAAAACCAGUUUGUCUCGCUUGGCGGGUGAAUACAGCAUGGACGAGACCAUGCAGAAGUCAUACUGUGUGCUUUCGUUUCUCGAAGCUCACCGCAAUGCCAGAGAGGAACUACCCCGCUUCUUCCACAAUGAUAGUGUGGAGGUACAGGACCUUGUGGCUGCGGAAAGCACGGCUGAAGUCCUGGAGGCCACAAGGCUUCUGCAAACGCUGCCGGAAAAUCUCGUGACUUUGGCCAGGACAGAGAUGCUUGCCCGAAAGCUGCUACAGGAGCAGCUAGAUGAGGUAGCCGAGCUCAAGGAGCAGGGCCUUCUCACGGCUUCAGAUGCCUCGAAGUUGGAUCACCGUGUCCAAGGUUCGCUCCUCACCCUCCUGCGGAAACCAAAGGAUCAGUGGCUGCAAAGUAAGGCAGCGACAGCAGACCUGUGA